AGUCGCAUCCGAACUCCUCCCCCGCCCCCUUUCUCUCUCUCACUCGCUCUCUCUCUCUUUCUCCGGUUUGCGCUCCUCCAGCAAGAAGUGCUUCCUCGCCGGGGCAUGGCAGGUGCGGCUGCCUGCUCAGAGUGCGCGCUGAGCGGCGUGUUGGGCUCGGGAUGACCGGCGUAUGCUGAUCCAGCUGGAGGUCAGCGUUUGGAGGUCCGGUGCUUGUGUUCUGAUCUUUUUGCCUACGGAACCGCCUCCCUCAAGCGGAUUUACACCGGACUCGCUUCUUGAGCAGGAUUUAAAAGAAGAUUUUUAUUUUUUUUUGGUAGCUUUUUUGGAGAUAUAGAGGAUUGCUUUGGACGUGCCUCUUGCCAUCCGCAGUGCGGCUGCAUGCGAAGUGACAUCUGCAGGUGGAGGCCUGGAAGAUAAUGCCCUCCGUCUCCAGAGAGGCUUGAUCUUGUGGACUGUACCUCCUCGUAUCCGCUCAUCACCGCAGCUAUGGCGUCCCACGCCAGGACACAGACCUGUUUUUUUUUAUGCUGCUUCCUAUCCACCUCGGCGCCCCUCGUGGCGCCAAAAACGAUGCCCCGAGCGCCGCAGGGUCACGUAUCCGGCUCCCAAGUCAUCACGGCGUCCAUCGAGGAGGAGGAAUAUGCGUCGUUUCGCGCCGAGAACCCCGAGUGGACAUUUAACCAUUUGGCGGUGGACUAUCGCAACGGCAAUGUUUACCUGGGAGCCGUUAAUCGAAUCUAUAAACUGUCGCCGGGCUUGGAGGUGCAGGUUUCGCACCAAACCGGCCCGGAUGAGGACAACCGAAAGUGCUACCCGCCCCGCAUCGUCCAGCCUUGCAGUGAGCCGCUCACGCUCACCAACAACGUCAACAAGAUGCUGCUGAUGGACUACCGGGAAAACCGGCUGCUAGCUUGCGGAAGCCUCUACCAGGGCAUUUGUAAACUCCUACGCCUGGAUGAUCUCUUCAAGCUUGGAGAACCCUUCCACAAGAAGGAACACUACCUCUCUGGCGUCAAUGAGAGCGGUUCCGUGUUUGGCGUCAUCGUAUCUUACGGUAACGCGUCCCCGGAUAUGCUCUUUGUAGCCACGGCGGUGGACGGCAAGCCGGAAUACUUCCCCACCAUCUCCAGUCGAAAAUUGGCCAGGAAUUCUGAGGAGGAUGGGAUGUUCGCUUACGUCUUCCAUGAUGAGUUUGUGGCCUCCAUGAUUAAGAUCCCGUCAGACACGUUCACCGUCAUACCAGACUUUGACAUCUAUUACAUUUACGGCUUUGCCAGCGGCAACUUUGUUUACUUCCUGACGUUGCAGCCUGAAAUGGGGGGCGGCCCCACUACCGGGUCCUCGUCGGCAGGUAGAGAGCAGGUCUACACUUCCAAGAUAGUCCGCCUCUGUAAAGCAGACACCGCUUUUAACUCCUAUGUGGAGGUGCCCAUCGGGUGCGUCAGCGGCAACGUGGAGUAUCGACUCCUGGAGGCGGCGUACCUAUCCAAAGCCGGCGCCAACUUGGCACGGUCGCUGGACGUUGCGCCGGACGACGACGUCCUGUUUGCCGUGUUCUCCAAGGGACAGAAGAGGCGUCCUCGGCAGGAAUCCCAGGACUCUGCAUUGUGCGUGUUUUCCCUGCGGAAGAUCAACGAGAAGAUCAAGGACAGGCUGCAGUCCUGCUACAAGGGCGAGGGCACCUUGGACCUGGCUUGGCUCAAGGUCAAAGACAUUCCCUGCAGCAGCGCGCUCCUGACCAUCGACGACGACUUCUGCGGCCUGGACAUGAACGCGCCGCUGGGCGUGUCCGAGAUGGUGCGCGGAAGGCCGCUGUUCACGGACGCCAACGAUAAAAUGACCUCGGUGGUGGCCUAUGUCUACAAGAACCACUCGCUGGUCUUCGCGGGCACCAAGAGCGGAUGCGUGAAGAAGAUACGAGUGGACGGCUCCUCGAGGGCGCUGCAGUACGAGACGGUACAGGUGGUGGAAAGCGGACCCAUCCUGCGCGAUAUGGCCUUCUCUUCCGACCACCACUACCUCUACGUCAUGUCUGAGACCCAGCUUUCGAGGAUGCCGGUGGAAGCCUGUGGUCAGUACUCCAGCUGCAGCGAAUGCCUGGGCUCAGGAGACCCUCACUGCGGCUGGUGUGUCCUGCACAACACGUGCACCCGAAAGGAGAAAUGCGAGCGUUCGUCGGAGCCUCGCCGCUUUGCAUCUGACAUCAGGCAGUGUGUGCGUCUCAGCGUGCACCCCAACAACAUCUCCGUGUCCCAGUUCAGUGUGACGCUGGUCCUGGAAGCCCACAAUGUGCCAGAAUUAUCCGCGGGGGUCAACUGCACCUUCCAGGACCUGGCGGAGAUGAGCGGCCUGGUGGAGGGGAACCGUAUCAGAUGCUCCUCUCCCGCCGAGAAGGAGAUGCCUCGUGUUAUCGUCAAUAAAGGCGACCACCAGAUCGUGCAGCUCUAUCUCAAAUCCAAGGAGACCGGCUUGGCAUUUGCCAACACCAGUUUCGUGUUCUACAACUGCAGCGUCCACAAGUCGUGCUUGUCCUGUGUUAGCAGUCCAUACCAGUGCCAUUGGUGCAAAUACAGACACGACUGCACCCACGACCCCAGGACUUGCUCCUUCCAGGAGGGACGAGUCAAGAAAGCAGAGGAGUGUCCCCAGCUGCUGCCGGCAGACCGCAUCCUGGUCCCAGUCAACGUGGUGAAGCCCAUCACCCUGCGGGCCAAGAACCUUCCUCAGCCUCAGUCGGGCCAACGUGGCUACGAGUGCCUGCUGACCAUCCAGGGCAACGAGCACCGCGUCCCCGCCCUGCGCUUCAACAGCUCCUCGGUUCAGUGUCAGAACACAUCGUACUUCUACGACGGGAUGGAGAUGAGCAGCCUUCCCGUGGAGCUGACCGUCAUCUGGAACGGAGACUUCAGCAUCGACAACCCCGCCUACAACAAAGUCCACCUGUACAAGUGCGACGCCCAACGUGGGAGCUGCGGCUUGUGCCUGAAGGCCGACCCGCUGUUUGGAUGCGUGUGGUGCAAAGGAGAGAACCGCUGCACCCUCAAGCAACACUGCCCCCACCCCGAGAACCAAUGGCUGGAGCACAACGGCAUCAACAGCAAGUGCACGCACCCGCGAAUCACACAGAUUACCCCCCUGCGGGGUCCCAGAGAAGGCGGGACGCUGGUGACCAUCCGCGGUGAGAACCUGGGGCUGGAAUUCCGUGAGAUCCAGGGUAACGUAAAGGUGGCGGAAGUGGAGUGCACACCCAUCCGAGACGGCUACAUCCCGGCGGAACAGAUCGUGUGCGAGAUGGGCCGAGCGGAGAAGAGUCAGUACACGGGAAACGUGCAGGUGUGCGUAGGCGUGGGCGAAUGCCGACCGGAAUUCACGGCCAAAUCCUCCAAGUACUACUACUUUGUGAUUCCGAGGAUACACAGCAUCAAACCCGGGAGAGGACCCGUAUCCGGGGGCUCGGUGGUCAGCAUCACAGGCAGUCACCUGGACGCCGGCAGCAACGUGUCAAUCAUGUUCAAGGACCAACCCUGCACCUUUCUAAAACGCGAUGGCCUGUGGUUAACGUGCCGCACCCACGCGUCCCUGCACGGCUACGGCAACGUGUCCGUGUCGGUGAGCAUCGACAGAGCCCAGCUCCAGAAAGACCUUCGCUUCGAGUACGUGGAAGACCCCACCAUCACUAAGAUAGAACCCGAGUGGAGCAUCUACAGCGGACACACUCCGGUAACGGUGACGGGCACAAACCUGGACAUCAUCCAGACGCCGCUCAUCAGAGCCAAAUAUAACAACCAUGAGACACUCAAUUUGUGUGAGGUUGUGAGCCCGACGUCCAUGCAGUGCCAGGCCCCAGAGCUCCCCAUCAGCCUGGCCCACCAACAGGAAGUGCCCGAGAGGCCCGACGAGUUCGGCUUCAAGCUGGAUGACGUGCAGGCCGUCAUGGCGCUCAACAACACCAACUUCCUGUACUACCCCAACCCUGAGUUUGAGCUUCUGAGCGCAUCCGGCGUGCUGGAGCUUAAACCCGGAUCUCCCAUCAUACUGAAGGGACGGAACUUCCUACCGCCGACCAACAGCGGCAACGGGAAGAUGAACUACACGGUUCUUAUCGGGGAGAAGCCCUGCAUGCUGACCGUGUCUGAGACCCAACUGCUGUGCGAGUCACCCAACCUGACGGGCCGCCACAAGGUUCUGGCUCGCGUGGGCGGGAUCGAGUUCUCCCCCGGCGUGGUCCACAUCACGUCGGACAGCCCGCUAAGCAGCACGGCCAUCAUCGGCAUCGCGGCGGCCGGCGCCCUGCUCCUCUUAGCCAUCGUCUUGGUGCUCAUCGCUUACAAACGCAAGUCCCGCGAGAGCGACCUGACGCUGAAGAGGCUCCAGAUGCAGAUGGACAACCUGGAGUCGCGGGUGGCUCUGGAGUGCAAGGAAGCUUUCGCAGAGCUACAGACAGACAUCCAUGAGCUGACCAGCGACUUAGACGGUGCCGGAAUCCCCUUCCUGGACUACAGAACCUACACCAUGAGGGUCCUAUUCCCUGGGAUUGAGGAGCAUCCUGUUCUCAGAGACUUGGAGGUGCCGGGCUACCGUCAGGAUCAGGUGGAGAAGGGUCUGAAGCUCUUUGGUCAGCUGAUCAACAACAAGGUCUACCUGCUGUGCUUCAUCCGCACGCUGGAAGCCCAGCGAGGCUUCUCCAUGCGCGACCGCGGCAACGUGGCCUCGCUAAUCAUGACCGUGCUGCAGAGCAAGCUGGAGUACGCCACCGACGUCCUCAAGCACCUGCUGUCUGACCUCAUCGACCGCAACCUGGAGAGCAAGAACCAUCCCAAGCUGCUGCUGCGCAGGACCGAGUCCGUGGCGGAGAAAAUGCUGACCAACUGGUUCACCUUUCUGCUCUACAAGUUUCUCAAGGAGUGCGCCGGCGAGCCGCUCUUCUCGCUCUUCUGCGCCAUCAAACAGCAGAUGGAGAAAGGCCCCAUUGACUCCAUCACGGGGGAGGCGCGCUACUCGCUCAGCGAGGACAAGCUCAUCAGACAGCAGAUCGACUACAAGACGCUGGUGGUGAACUGCAUCCAUCCUGAGAACGAGAAGAGUCCAGAGAUCCAAGUGAAGGUGCUCAACUGCGACACCAUCAGCCAGGUGAAGGAGAAGAUCCUGGACGCCAUCUACAAGAACGUACCGCACUCGCACCGCCUCAAGGCCUCCGACAUGGACCUGGAGUGGCGUCAAGGUCGGGGGCAGCGCGUGAUCUUGCAAGAUGAGGACGUCACCACCAAAAUCGAAGGCGACUGGAAGAGGUUAAACAUGCUGGCCCACUAUCAGGUGCCCGACAACGCAGUGAUGGCGCUGGUCCCCAAGCAAGUUACGGCCUACAACUCCGUCAACAACUCCACCGUGUCCCGAACCUCCGCCAGCAAAUACGAGAACAUGAUCAAGUACACGGGAAGCCCGGACAGCCUGCGUUCGCGGACGCCCAUGAUCACGCCCGACUUGGAGAGCGGCGUCAAGGUGUGGCACCUGGUCAAGAACCACGAGCACGGCGACCAGAAGGAGGGCGACCGCGGCAGCAAGAUGGUGUCCGAGAUCUACCUGACCAGACUUCUGGCCACCAAGGGUACGCUGCAGAAGUUUGUGGACGACCUCUUCGAGACCAUCUUCAGCACGGCGCAUAGGGGCAGCGCCCUCCCGCUCGCCAUCAAGUACAUGUUCGACUUCCUGGAUGAGCAGGCCGACAAACACAGCAUCCACGACCCGCACGUGCGACACACGUGGAAGAGCAACUGCCUACCUCUGCGUUUCUGGGUGAACGUGAUCAAGAACCCUCAGUUCGUCUUCGACAUCCACAAGAGCAGCAUCACCGACGCUUGCCUGUCCGUGGUGGCCCAGACCUUCAUGGACUCCUGCUCCACCUCGGAGCACCGCCUUGGGAAGGACUCGCCCUCCAACAAGCUGCUGUACGCCAAGGACAUCCCCAGCUACAAGAACUGGGUGGAGAGGUACUACUCUGACAUCAGCAAGAUGCCGGCCAUCAGCGACCAGGACAUGAACGCCUACUUGGCCGAGCAGUCGCGCAUGCACAUGAACGAGUUCAACAGCAUGAGCUCCCUGAGCGAGAUCUACUCCUACGUGGGGAAAUACACCGAGGAGAUUGUUUGUGCACUGGAGCAGGACGACGCCGCCAGGAAACAACGGCUGGCCUUCAAGCUGGAGCAGGUGGUGGCCUUCAUGACGCUGGAGAGCUGAGGACCGCACUUCCCAGGGUGAGCUGGGAAGACGACCAGGAAGAAGACGACGAAGACUCCGCCUCCGCCUCCCCAUCCCAUCCCUGCUCCGUACACUUGUCCGAAAACCGAGCCGUGCCUGAGCGUAAACCUGUUUUGUUUUUUUUUUCUGCUUCCAUAAUUGUCCCCCCCCCCCCCUCGCUCCCUGCUGCACCCUACUGGAGACAUUUUUUUUACGUUGCCUUGGAGGAUUUACACCCGUGGCAUGCAAGCCAAACGAGGAGGUUACACUGAGCAUACACCCGGGCCUAGCGACCUCCCUGAUCCCUUCCUUACUUGUAGCUGGACUUGCAUCGAAGACCAAGGGUGCGUUCACGUACGUCGGUUAAAAGGAACUAUUCUAAACACAAAAUGAAAAUAAUACCAAACUAUUUGUUUAUGUAUUUAACUGUUCAUUACAUUGACUGGGUAGGGCAGGGGUGUCCUAAGUGCGGUCCAGGGGCCAUUUUACAUAAUUUUUUUUUUAAUUGGCAUAUUUGGUAUAUUCCGAAAAUAGCAUUUAUGAAGAAAACUAAACAAAUGGAAAAAUCAGCAAGUUUACAGGAAUCAUUUUUGUAGCAUAAAAUUGAAGUAUUACAAAGUUGGAAUAUGAGAAACAAAAACAAGAAAAUAUAGAAUAACAUCAUAAUAUUAUGAGAAGAAAGUUGACAUACUGUAGUUGGAAAAUUUACAAAAAAACAGCUAAAAUAGAAAAAGAUGUCAUUUUACAAAAAAAAGGAUGAAAAAUGUAAGGAAUUUUUUUUGCACAAAGUGGAACUAUUGAAGAAAAAAUGAUAUUAUGAGUACUAAUAGCAUGCUGGUUCAGCUAUAUGACAACGCUGGUGAAGAUGGUGAUGAUAACUACAUGUGUUUAAUUUGCUUGAAAGGAUUAAUUCACUGUAGUUAAUUAGUUAAUUUCAGACCAUUUGAAACAAUUCACAAACCAAAAGAGACGGGUUAACUGUAGCUAAGUAUACAUUUUAGGUCAUUUUAGACAACUCACAAAGAAGAUAGAUUAGUUAAUUGUAGUUAAUUCAUUGAUAGAACAUUUCAAACAACAACAAAAAACGAAUCAAUUAGUUAAUUGUAGUUAAUUAGUUAAUUUUAGAUCAUUUUCAACAACUCACAAACAAAAGAGAUGAGUUAACUGUAGCAAACUCUACAUUUUAGACAACUCAAACAAGGUAGAUUAAUUAUUUAAUUAUUAGAUUAAUUAGAUUAAUUAUUUUUGCUUCACAAAAUAUCAAAUUUCAUACUUUCAUUGUUUUACUGUUGGAAAAACUCGCAGGAAAAACACAAGGGCACCCCUGGGUUAGGGGUAGCAUGCCAUUAAACGGAUAAAAAGUCGAUAUCGAUGAAGUUAAUUCGACACUGCAUUAACCCAACCAAACGUGAACGCACCCUUAAAGAGGUAAGGGCUCAGGAGGGACAAACCGCCCAGCACCCCUUUUCUGAUUAGCAUUAGCAUCCCUGCUUCCGUUUGGCUUACAUGGCUCGCGUAAAGACACAAAAAACCCAACGAAAAAAAAAAGAUGGACCCCCCCUCUCCCCCCUUGCCGCCCCUUGUAGAAGCACACUGUGGAACAACCUGCACAGACGCGCACAACAAGAAGGGAAAACAAAAAAAACAAAACAAA